CCGGCGGGACGAGCGCCGGCCCUUCGCGAUCGCAGCGGGUGCAGCUCUGCCCUCGCGGCGCUGGCGCUGCCUCGGUCGCCGCCGCAGCCGGGCUGGGUGGCCGGUGACGGGGGGCGAGAGGAGGGGAGAGAGGGCGAAGCGCUUCUCCUCACCGGCCGCGUUGCCUCGGCAGCCCCGCGAGCGGCCGCCAUGGAGAAGUACCACGUCCUGGAAAUGAUCGGCGAGGGCUCCUUCGGACGUGUGUACAAGGGGCGUCGGAAGCACAGCGCCCAGGUGGUGGCCCUGAAGUUCAUCCCCAAGGUGGGACGAUCUGAGAAGGAGCUGAAGAACCUGCAGCGGGAAAUUGAGAUCAUGAGAGGCCUCCAUCAUCCCAACAUCAUCCAGAUGCUCGACAGCUUUGAGACUGACAAGGAGGUGGUGGUGGUGACUGACUAUGCAGAAGGGGAGCUCUUCCAGAUCCUGGAGGAUGAUGGGAGCUUGCCUGAGGAACAGGUGCAGACCAUAGCUGCCCAGCUGAUCUCUGCUCUCUACUACCUGCACUCCCACCGCAUCCUGCACCGAGACAUGAAGCCCCAGAACAUCCUGCUGGGCAAAGAUGGUUGCGUCAAGCUCUGUGACUUCGGGUUUGCCCGUGCCAUGAGCAUCCACACCAUGGUGCUGACCUCCAUCAAGGGUACCCCGCUGUACAUGUCCCCUGAGCUGGUGGAGGAGCGACCGUACGACCACACGGCCGACCUGUGGUCUGUGGGCUGUAUCCUAUACGAGCUGUUUGUGGGCACCCCUCCCUUCUACACCAGCAGCAUCUUCCAGCUCGUCAGCCUCAUCGUCAAGGACCCUGUCAAAUGGCCCACGGCCAUAAGCCCCAUCUUCAAGAGUUUCCUGCAGGGACUCCUAAUGAAGGAUCCCCGCCAGCGCCUGUCUUGGCCGGAGCUGCUCUCUCACCCCUUCAUUGCUGGACGGGUUACUGUGAUUGAUGACACAGAAGAGCAUGGGAUCUCAAACCCCUUCACCACCAAGCUGCCCCCAGAGCUGCAGGCCCUGAAGGAGCAGCAAGCCCAUUCCAUGGCCCCCAGGAGCGGCCAGUCCAGGAUUCUGAGAAAGGCCCGGCAGAAGAUGGCUGAGGAGGCACAGAGAAAGGGGCAACUGGAGGCAGGUGAUGCAUCUAAGAAGGGCUCUGUGAAAGGAUGCCCGAGGCACAGAGCCAGAGCAGCUCUGGGGAUGGCAGCCCUUGGGGAGGGGCAGCCACCGGCUGUCUCCAAUGAGAAGAACCCCAGGGUCCUGCAAGGAAAGAGCAGCAAAGCAGAAUGGGUCUUAGAGGAGCCUCCUCCCAAACCACGGGAACACAGCAUCACUCAGGACUACGAGCGGGAGUUUGCCGGAGCAGGUGCCCGUCCACAGCCUGGUGCUGCCAGGGCAGAGCCCCAGGCCACAGGUAGCAUUGACACCGUGAACCUGGAGAGUGAGGAGCUGGAGAGCGACGAGGAGUGGCAGCACCUGGUUGAGGCCACGGAGCCCUCAUCCAGGCAGCUGAGUGUGCCCCUGAGCCUCCUGAGGGACCCAGCCUUCCGGCACCGUGUCCAGGCCCGCCUGGCAGCCUCUGCUCAGCAGAUGCUGGAAGGGAUGCUGGAGGGAGCCUCCCAGCUCCGUCCUGUGCUCCAUGUCAUGAGCAACCUCCUGGCUACCCAGUGUGACUCUGAGCUGCUGGACCACUUCUGCCGAGAGCUGAAUGUGCCUGUGUCCCUGCUGGGUAUAGCCAAGCAGAUCCUGGAGACUGGGAGCACCAAGCAGCAGCCCUGGUGUAUCGCAGUGCUGACAGACCUCCUCAUGGUGACCACAGUUUAUUUCAGCAGUGAAUGCUGGGGCCUGGAGGAGAGUGGACGAAAAGACAGCCUGCAGGCCUUCCAGGAGAGUGCUGGCUGCUUCCUGGCCCUGCUGCCAGCACUACUGGCCAAGCCAGCCGACAGUGAAAGGACACUCUGCCAGCAAAGCCUCCUGUGCUUCACCCUGCUCUGUGAGAGUCUGGAUGCGAUGUACCCCUCUGUCUCUGCCCCCUUCUAUGCCAGCCUGCGAGAGGAGCAUCAGCCCCUGCUGCACAGACUCCUUCAGGAAUCCAUCUCAGAGCAGCCUGCUCUGCAAGGUGCAGCAGUGGAAGCCAAGCCAGCCCAUGACCAGAGCCUAUGUGUGGCUGACCUCUUCACAGCUGCAUUGGCUGCUGCCUGUAGCAUCCCCCUGGAGAGGAACAGCAGUCGGGAAGCCAAGCAGCAGAUUGCUCUGGAGGUUGCUGAAAAGCUUAUGGAGGGAGAGAGACAGCAGCUUGGGAGACUGCUGGGGAGACUGGAGCACCAAGGAUGCUCCUUGAACGUGCUGAAGGUCUUCUACGCAGGCUGCCAUGCCAGCCUGAGCCUGUGCCAGCACCUGGGAAGAAGCCAAAGCCUGUGGGGUUUCCUCAUGCAGCUCUCAAAGGGUGAGGUCCCUAUGGAGGAGGUAGCCCAGGGAGCAGCUCGUGAGGCCUCUCUGUACCUGCUGGCCUUGCUCACCCUGCAGCUCCAGGCCUCUCCUCCCAGGCUUGAGGAGGUGGUUAUCAUGGCUGUGGAUCUCCUCACCAAGUCUCCUGUUGUCUCCCUUGUGGGUGCUGCAGCAUUGCUCCUGACACAGCUCAGUCAGCGUGGGGUGGCCCUGGAGCUUGGAGAAGAGAUCCUGCUGGUGGUGACAAAUGCACUGAGGGCACCUGCUGAGCUGCAGGUCCCCCCACCAAUGGGUGCUGGUCUCUACGAUGGGCUCUUUUUCCUCCUGCUGAAGUUCCUUUCUCAGGAGCAUGUGGCCAUGGAGCAGGGCUUUGCUGCCUCGGAGCUGUGGAGCGUGGUGUGGCAUUCUGUUGCUGCGGUGCUUCAUGUGGGCAGUGACAGAGCAGCACUGGAGGGAGAUUCCCCAGGGGCAGGUGACCCCGUGGCAGAGCCAGACUGGAACCUCCUCUCCCCUCAAGGCACUCUGUUCUUCCUCAGCCUGGCCCUCCUUGCCUUCACUCGCGAGUCCCACCGGUGCCUGCCUCAGCUCACCCAGUCCCAUGGGGUCCUCAUGGUGACACUGAAGAGGCUGCUGUCCCCCCACUUCCUGGCAUGCCUGGCACAGACGCAAGCAGGAGAGGAUGGGGACCCUGAGCUUGUCCCAGCUGUGGUGAUCCAGGCCUGCCAGCUCCUCUGUUUCCCUUUUGCCCUGGAUGCGGAUAGAGACACCUUAGUGUUGGUGAUGGAGGCUGUGAGAGAUGCCCUGAUCCCUGCCCAUCUGCUGCAGGCCUGCUCUCACCAUCUGCCCUUCUCGUACGCCGAGCUCCCCAUGAGCCUCUUGUGCCACCUCGUUGUGUCUGACGAGCAGGUCAUAGACCAAAUGGUGAGGGAAGCUGCUGCCUCAGAGCACAUCAUUGCCUUCUUGACAUCUGCCUUGUCUUCAGGCAGCCUCAAGCUCACAACUGACCUUCUAUGUCUCUUGACUCACGUGGCCCGGGCCCAUCCGGAGCACCUGCCCUUUCUCCAGAAGAUCCUGAGGGGCUCAGAUGUAGCCGACCAGCCACUGCCCAGCCUGCUUGGCCACCAGCAAUACAUAAUCCGGGCCAAAACUUGCAUCUUGCUGGGCAACCUGCUUCAAUAUGACCACGGCUUUCCCCAGGCGCUGCAGAGGCAGCCCGGCUUGCUGGAGAGCCUGCUGGGGUGCCUGGCCGACCCGGAGGAGAGCGUGCGCAAGGCUGCGAGCUUUGCGGUGGGCAACGCCGCCUCCCAGGCCUGCUCGCCGGCCGCGCUCCUGGGCAGGGCCGUGCCCCAGCUCACGCGGCUGCUGAGCGACGCGCGGGCCAGGACGCGCUGCAACGCGGCCUCGGCCUUGGGCAACCUGGCCCGGCGCUGGGCGGAGCUGGGCGACCUGCUGAUGGAGAGCAGGGCCCCGUCCCUCCUGCUGGAGCUGGCCUGCUGGGACCCCCAGGACAGCGUGCGGGAGGCGGCCCUCGUCGCGCUGCGGGCCCUGGGCCGGCGCCCCGGCGUGCAGCAGGUGCUGCUGUCCCUGGGAGCCGCCGAGAAGCUGGCCGCGUUGGCCAGCGCCGGCUCGCAGCCCGCAGCCGGCGGCAGCCCGCGGCCGUCCUCUACCCGGCACUGCCAGAAGCUCCUUCGCCUCCUCACGCCUCAGUGCAGCACCGGCGCUGGAAACGCCGCCGGCCCCCUGGAGCCUGGCGGGGCUGCGGCCCCGCACCAGCGCUGAGGGCCGGCGCCUCGGCACGGGACACAGGGCCGCGGGACGCGCGCGGCUCGCUCGAGGGGACCCUGCCCCUCGGCUUUACCGGGGCGCCCUCCCGCCACCAGCCUUUCCUCGGAGCGCGCCUGUAGGCUGCGAGGAACCACCUCUUUGUAGGCGGCCUCCCGGGCAGCGCCGGGCCCGGCCCCUCGCCGCUCCCUGCCGGGGCCGCCC